AUGCUGCGUCUCGCGGCUAAGCUGGUGGCCUUUUUCUGGAGGAGACAGGACGUCCCUGAGAACGAGGCCGGGCCGCCAGGCCCCGAGCUCACGGAAGGUGACGUUAAGUUGAAAACCGUGCAGGGCGUCGUGACCAGGUACUGCAGUGACUAUGGCAUGAUUGAUGAUUUGAUCUACUUCUCCCACGAGGCGGUGACCAGCAAAGUGCUUCUCAAUGUGGGGCAGGAAGUGAUGGCCGUGGUGGAAGAAAACAAGGUGUCAAAUGGGCUGAAAGCUAUCAGGGUGGAAGCUGUCUCUGAUAAAUGGGAAGACGACAGCAAGAACUCCAGCCGAGGGCUGUCAGACCCCAGCCCUCGCGUGCUGAUCGGCUGCGUGACUUCCCUAAUGGGAGGCACUGGUUACAUCAACCAGACCACGCGCUUCUCUCUGGAGAGUGUGUGUGAAGGUUUCCAGCCCUGCAAGGGAGACUGGGUGGAGGCGGAGUACUGGAUCCGGCCAGGCACCUGGAGCAGCGAGGCCAUCUCAGUAAAGCCGCUGAGGUACAAGCGUGUGGACAAGGCCUGCAUCUCCAGCCUCUGCGGGAGGAAUGGGGUCAUCGAGGACAGCAUCUUCUUCACCUUGGACUCCCUGAAGCUGCCUGAGGGGUACACACCUCGCAGACAUGAUGUCGUCAGCGCGGUGGUGGUGGAGAGCAGCCAGUCGUGCUACGUCUGGAGGGCGCUGUGUCUCACCCCCGUGCACAGAGACUCCACUGCCCCAGGAGUGCUCCCCGAGGAGUCCUAUGGAACCCUCUUACUGAAAAACAAAGGCGACAUUGAAGUGACGAGGAUGACAAACUUUGGGACGCUAAAGGAAGGCGCCAGGAAAGCGAUGGUGAUCUGGAUAGAGAAUAAAGGGGACGUUGCUCAGAAAUUAGUCAGCUGCAAGCUGGCAGGCUGGGAUAAAGCUAAACAAUUCAGAUUCCAAGACCAAGCACGCCCAGCUGUAUCUCUUGUUUCUGUUCCUGAGGAGGCCAAGGAUUUUUCUGGUGAAAGUACUGAUUCGUUAAAAAGCCGCAGCAAAAACAACACCCCUCAGACGCUGAAGAGCAUCGUGGUGAACAGCGGAGAAGCCUUCCCAGGUGACUGUACCUAUGAAGAUAGAGAGAAAGAAAACACUGCCUCACAGAAGCUGGUGGCAGAUGCUGAGCUUGGGGAGCUGGUCCCCCCAGGGGGGAAAACCUGCAUCGUGGUUGUGUGUGAUGCAAAAAAUCCUGGCCGCUGCAAGGAGCUCCUUUUACUGUGUUUUUCGAAUUUCCUCAUUGGGCGACACCUUGAAGUCAGCGUCGUGAGUGCUGAGGAGUCACUCAUUGCUGUCCGCGAGCCAUUUUCUUGGAAAAAACCUAAAAGCUGCCAGGCUGCAGCACCCACAAAGACCACAGUUGUUGUGACCACACAGAAGAGGAACUCAAGACGACAGCUUCCAAGCUUUCUCCCGCAGUACCCAAUACCAGACAGACUUAAAAAGUGCGUGGAGCAGAAGAUUGACGUGCUGACUUUCCAGCCAAUGCUGGCAGAGCUUUUGAACAUGUCAAACUACAAGGAGAAGUUUUCCACUUUGCUGUGGCUUGAGGAGAUUCACGCAGAAAUAGAACUGAAAGAAUAUAACAUGAGUGGAGUCACCCUGAAGAGGAACGGGGACCUGCUGGUGUUGGAGGUCCCAGGGCUGGCAGAGAGCAGGCCUUCCCUGUAUGCAGGUGACAAACUGAUUUUAAAAACUCAAGAGUACAAUGGACACGUCAUCGAGUACAUCGGCUACGUGAUUGAGAUUCACGAAGAAGAUGUAACUCUUAAACUGAAUCCAGAAUUUGAACAGACAUAUAACUUUGAACCUAUGGACGUGGAGUUUACAUAUAACAGGACCACGAGCAGACGAUGUCACUUUGCUCUGGAGCAAGUCAUCCACUUAGGUGUCAAAGUGCUGUUUCCAGAAGAAAUCAUUUUGCAGUCUCCCCAGGUGACAGUGUGGAACCACAUCCAAGAUGCCAGAGAGGAUGGACAGUUCACCUCCAAGAGUAGUAAAACCAUGAAGAACCAAGCUAAGCCUGCAGCAAAGGAGAGGCCUGUGGGCACCGAGGACCAGCCGGGGGCUGCAGAGACGCGUGACGCAGUCGACGAAACUGAGAUUCCCAAAGCAAAAGACAAGGAAUUUUUCAACCCCGUGCUCAACGAGAACCAGAAGCUAGCGGUUAGAAGAAUUCUGAGUGGGGACUGCCGCCCACUCCCGUAUAUUCUCUUUGGCCCUCCUGGCACUGGGAAGACGGUGACGAUCAUCGAGGCUGUGUUACAGGUGCAUUGUGCUCUGGCGGACAGUCGGAUUCUGGUGUGCGCGCCCUCCAACAGCGCCGCGGACCUCGUGUGUUUGCGGCUGCAUGAGAGCAAGGUGCUGCGGCCCGCAGCCAUGGUGAGGGUGAACGCCACCUGCAGGUUCGAGGAGACGAUCCUCGACGCCAUCAAGCCCUACUGCAAGGACGGCGAAGACAUCUGGAAAGCCUCGCGCUUCAGGGUCAUCAUCACCACCUGCAGCAGUGCCGGCCUCUUCUACCAGAUAGGCGUGAGAAUUGGACAUUUUACCCACGUCUUCGUGGACGAGGCUGGGCAGGCGAGCGAGCCGGAAUGCCUCAUCCCCUUGGGGCUAGUCUCAGACGCCAGUGGUCAGAUCGUGCUUGCCGGGGACCCCAUGCAGCUUGGCCCAGUCAUCAAGUCCAGGCUCGCCAUGGCCUACGGGCUGAACGUGUCCAUGCUGGAAAGGCUCAUGUCCCGGCCGGCCUACCUGAGGGAUGAGAACGCUUUUGGUGCGUGUGGUGCAUACAACCCCUUGUUGGUGACGAAGCUGGUGAAGAACUACAGAUCCCACUCGGCCCUGCUGGCGCUGCCGUCCCGGCUCUUCUACCACAAGGAGCUCGAAGUCUGUGCAGACCCCGCAGUGGUGACCUCUCUGCUGGGCUGGGAGAAACUGCCGAAGAAAGGCUUCCCUCUCAUCUUCCAUGGCGUGCGGGGCAACGAGGCCCGUGAAGGAAGAAGCCCCUCGUGGUUCAACCCGGCGGAGGCUGUGCAGGUCAUGCGCUACUGCUGCCUCCUGGCUCGCAGCAUCUCCAGCCCCGUGUCUGCCAGCGACAUCGGCGUCAUCACGCCCUACCGGAAGCAGGUGGAGAAGAUCAAGAUCCUGCUGCGGAACGUUGAUUUGGUGGACAUCAAGGUGGGGUCAGUGGAGGAGUUCCAGGGGCAGGAGUUCCUGGUCAUCGUCAUUUCCACGGUGCGGUCCAGUGAGGACAGAUUUGAGGACGACCGAUACUUCCUGGGUUUCUUGUCCAACUCUAAAAGGUUUAAUGUUGCCAUCACCAGACCGAAAGCCUUGCUGAUAGUGCUGGGAAACCCUCACGUCCUCGUCAGAGAUCCCUGUUUUGGGGCCUUACUGGAGUACAGCAUCACCAAUGGCGUCUACACAGGGUGCAACUUGCCUCCCGAGCUGCAGGCCCUGCAAACCUGACAGCCCCGUCCAGCGGUGCCAGAGCCACGGGACGGACAGGCGGAAGCGGAUUGGAGCUCAGUGUCUGACAACCAGAGAUGUGCCUCACAGCCGGACCCCUGGGCUCUCAACCGCACUGUGGCUGUGGCCACAGUGGGUCUGGGGUCAUCCCAGUUUCU